AUACUCUCGCCUCGAAAAAUCAGAUUGCGUUUACCGUUUUUCAACAACAAAACGUUUUAAAAAAAUCCGAUUGCAUGAUGCAGAUUUGUUUUGAGCUCACAACGGUGUUGGGGUGAACAUUUAAGUUAUGUGAGGGUGAUUGUGUGUGUGUUCGACGUUAAGGUGACAGAUUUAUAAACAAUUGUGAACGAGGGAAUAAUAAUUUGUUGAUUUUCAUGACGAGAGAUGUGACGCAAGGCGAUGGUGUUAAGUUGCUGUCAUGAGAAAAGUGGAGGGGACGAUGAAUGCUUUUAAAAUUUCAAGUAUUUUUAAGACUUUAUAGUUCAAUUUUUUAAAAUUAACUAAAAUGUUGCUGGCAAUUUUUACUCUGUGUUUUGGUUUCUUCGAUGCCAUUUUUGUUAGUGGUUCCCAACGAAAUAUGGUUUCCGAUAGACUAGAAAAUGUAACGCAAACAAUUUCAAGACUGCUAGAGGGCUACGACAUAAGAUUAAGACCGAAUUUUGGGGGUGACCCGCUGUACGUAGGCAUGGAUCUGACGAUAGCCAGUUUCGAUGCCAUAUCCGAAGUGAACAUGGAUUACACAAUAACAUUAUAUCUAAACCAAUAUUGGAAGGAUGAGAGACUCGCUUUUAGUAACGAGGAAGAAAUUCUGACCCUUUCUGGCGAUUUUGCAGAGAAAAUAUGGGUUCCGGAUACAUUUUUUGCCAAUGAUAAAAAUAGUUUUCUGCACGACGUGACGGAGCGAAACAAAUUGGUCCGUUUGAACGGGGACGGCUCAAUAACGUACGGGAUGCGCUUCACCACCACCUUGGCCUGCAUGAUGGAUCUGCACUAUUACCCGCUGGACUCGCAGAAUUGCACUGUCGAAAUUGAAAGUUACGGCUACACGGUGACAGACGUGGUGAUGUACUGGAAGGACACUCCAGUUCGAGGAGUGGAAGAAGCGGAACUUCCUCAGUUCACUAUAAUCGGCUAUGAGACGAAUGACAGAAAGGAAAAGCUAGCGACAGGCAUUUAUCAGAGACUGUCGCUGUCGUUCAAGUUACAGAGAAACAUCGGAUAUUUCGUGUUUCAAACUUAUCUGCCCAGUAUUUUAAUUGUCAUGCUGUCUUGGGUUUCCUUUUGGAUUAAUCACGAAGCUACAAGUGCUAGAGUGGCCCUUGGAAUUACAACCGUUUUGACGAUGACCACAAUCAGCACGGGCGUCAGAAGUUCGUUGCCCAGGAUCAGCUACGUGAAGGCAAUCGACAUUUAUCUAGUGAUGUGUUUCGUGUUCGUGUUCGCCGCCCUGUUGGAAUACGCAGCCGUCAACUACACAUAUUGGGGCGCACGUGCCAAGAAAAAGAGCAAGAAGAACAAAGAGGCGGACGAGAACAAGACAGGGACCAAAGUGAACAAUGACCAGCUCUACAACAAUGAGGACAUAAUCGAGCUGCAGGACGUGAGGAUGAGCCCGAUAGCUUCGAUCCGUAAUCGGCACAAUUCCAAGAACAACGCCACCGCCGGAGUGGAUCCGUCUAAGUUCCCGCCCAGCUUCCGGAUCUCCAGAUCGACGGGCUACGCUUACAACUACAGAUCACAGCCGGGGUUGAGAUUCAGGGGAAACAGAGGUAAUCCGAUCCACAAACCGAAAGUACUCCACGCCAUCAGAAAAGGUGCUCUGGUGUUGAAGGCGUCCAUGCCAAAGAUCAAGGAUGUGAACGUCAUCGAUAAGUAUUCCAGGAUUGUGUUCCCGGUCACUUUUAUGCUCUUUAACGCCGGCUACUGGCUCUUCUAUUUUUUCGAAUAGCCUCUAAGGAUAUGCCUGAAACGAGAUGCGUGGCCCUAAAUUUCGAUAGGAUAGUGAGACCAAAGAUUUAUAAUUAAUUUUUUAUACAAAAAUGACAUUUUUUUAAUGUAAAAUGACUGUCGAAUUGCGACGUUUUAGUUUAAUUUUGAUUUUGUAUCGUAAUUAGAUAAGCUUGAUGAUGAAAAGAGAAUAAGAGCUUACAGAUAGUUUAGCAAAUUAGCAUUUCUUGGACACUGGUUGUGUAAUAUAAGUUUUUUUACUCUGCUCCACCAGAUUACUAUUCAGCUUCAACCUACUAUUAGAUGUACUCAAUGAAAUGGAAUUUAAGAUAAAUAGUAAGUCUCAAUGGACCAAAAAGUGCGUUUAUUUUAAGUUAUUAGUGAUUUUUACAUUGUGAUAAAUCGGUUAUUUUUCUGAACAAUGGUAAAAAAAUUGCCAAGGUUAAUUUGUUUAUAAAUAAACAAAUAACUUUCUUAAAUUAAUAUUUAUAUUUUUUGUAACGUAUGACUUGUAUUUAAUUUUAAUUUUGUUUAUAUGUGUCCAUAUUUAUCUGAAUUCAUAAA